CGCUGGACUCGCGGCAGAACCCAAAACCGGGGCUGUUCCACGUCGGAAAGGGCCACCUCUCUCUUCGCGGCAUUUGAGAACUGCAAUUAACAAGCCGACGAGAACUGCAAUUAAGAAGCCGACGUAGCGACAAUUUGGCAAUCAAUCUAUCGGUGCUGAAUUUGACCGCGGGCGACAGACAAGCACACAAUGAAUCAGGGGUUUGCGCUGCAGAUGAGGCGGAAGCCCGUCGCGUCCUUUUCGCCACCACCACCUCCCUACCAAGAGCACCAGCAAGAGCGUCAACCGACGUUGGACUGGACAUCUGGUCCUCCCUACCAACAACAUCAACUGCAUCAGCAAGAACGUGAACCAACGCUAGACCGGACAUCUGGCCCUCCAUACCAACAGCAUCAGCAACACCGCCAACCGCCGCUAGACUGGACCUCUGGUCCGCCGUCGUUUGAACACCGCGCGCUAAGCAGCAGGUCAAAUGCGCCAUGGACUGAUGAGAGGGCACGCCCGGUUUCGCGGAGCGCGACCGACGACAAAUCGCGGCUGCGGCCGCCAGACCGCCUCAGACUGAAGACCAGCUUGCCCGAGCUGUCUCGCUUUGCCCAGAGCUCUCCCUCAAGCCCCUUCAACACCACGCCCAACACACCCAUCAGCGCUCCGGGACCUCCGGGCCUGGAACCCAACUUCCCGCCAUCCUCCGCCGCCGGCGAGAAGUCGGGCUUCUGGCAAAGUGCCAUCUCAGAGACGCGCCACUUCGCCGAAGGCCUCAUGCCGCAUCCCGCCGAGUCGACCAAGCACUACACCAUCCUGCGGCACUCGCCGCCACUCAUCUUCUACCGCGGCCCGACCACGUCGGUGGCCAUCACCGUCUUCAGCGCGUCGCACCACCCGCUGCCCGCCAACCGCACCCUCUGGCUGCAGCAGCGCGGCUUCUCGGGCGACAGCGGCAUGAAGAUCAAGGCGCUGGUCGGCGCCACCUCCAACUGGCUGGACGUGACGCCGUCGGAGCUGGUGCAGGCCCGCGAGCUGUCACCCGACAGCGAGCGGUCGUGGCAGCGCGACAUUGCCAAGGUCGCCAAGAAGUCGCUCAAGGACAAGGGCCACAAGAAGGCCCACGUCGCCCGGGAGACCCACGUCGUGCGGAUCCCCGCCGCCUGCAACGACGGCUACUUCCGCCUCGUCCUCUGCUCUGGCGGCAGUAGCAGCGGCAACGACGACGGCAAGUCGUCGCGGCGCAAGGACCUGUGCCACAGCCCCGUGUUCCGCGUGGCCAGCACGUCGUCGGACUCGAGCAUGUUCCGCGGCGCGUCGCUCAGCACCAUGCCACUGGAGAUUGGCGUCAAGGUCGCGUCCGUUGCCACCCAGGUCGCCAUCACCAGGUACACGGGCCCCGUCGCCGGCGUCGUGCAGGGGCGCCUGGCCAAGUCCAAGACGGGCGUGGUCGCGCUCAAGGCCGGCAAGGUCGCGUACGGCGCCCUCUCGCCCGCAGCAGGCGGCCCCCGCGACGACGAGCCAUCGUAUUUCCCGACGCCGCUGCCCGGCGCCGCCGCGGGCCCGGCCGGCUACGACUGCAGCAUUUUCGAGACGGGGGGGGUCAUCGGGCCGGACGAAGGCCCGCAGCAGCCGUUUCCGCUGAAGUUCCAGAGCAGAAUAACCGCCGGCACUGGGCGGUCGAUGGCGGAGCUAGGGAUCCCCACGGCCAACCUCGCGGGCGCGCCCGACGAGGUGCUGAACAAGCUGCGGGGCGUGUACUUUUGCUGGGCGUGCAUCAUGCCGGAACGGGGGUUCGAGGGCAUCUCGGACGAGUGGCAUGAGGCGGUGUUGGCAGCGGGGCCGUCGCCGUACGGGCGGCCGUCGGUGGUGUCGACGACGACCGCCGUGACAGUGCACCUCGUGCACGACUUUGGGCGGGCGACCACGUUCUUCGGCGCGCGGAUGAAGGUGGUCGUGAUGGGGUUCCUGCGGCCGGCGCUGCCCCGCAGCGCGCCGCUCGAGCAGCGGCUCGAAGCCGUCUCGCUCGACGUCUGCGCGGCCAUGGCCAGCCUCGGCCGCGACAACUGGGCGCCCGACGCGGCUGUUCACCAGUUACAAACAGCCAAGAGCGCGCGCAGCCUGUCGGACAAGUUCAGCGCGGUCCGCGAUAACGUGCAGAACCGCGUCGCGAGCCUCCCCGUGCACCGCAUGGGUAUCCGCACUGCUGAUGCCGAGCAGCGGGAUCUGAUCCACGGAACGGGCGGGUAUUGGGUGGCGAGGUGAAGCUAUGUUUAUGAGUUUGUUUCUCGACGUCUUUUCUAUAUUAGGGUUUUGAACUUCGGCGCAUUAGACUCCAUUGGCACUUGUACGCGAAAAAAAAUGUAGCAGGCACUUAACCCGUUGUAAUAAUUAAUGAUUUUUCAAUUCCGACGACGUUUUCUCUAUUUUCAAUCAAGGAGCCAUGAGCGGUCAAUAAGAGCAAAGUUGUUUUUGGGUUAUAUGAAAUCAAGUGUUGCUGUUAAAUAAAGGGCAAACAGUUGCGGGACCAAAAAACGAAUGGGCUCAAUCGGGGAUCGAACCCGAGACCUCGCACAAGCACUUGUUUUAAGUGUGGGGACGACCCGAAGCGCGAAUCAUACCACUAGACCAUUGAGCCGGGGUGAUUGGUUUAAGCUCCCAAUAAUUGAUUUUAUGUAACCAGCGGGGCUGCACUCCCAAGCUUCCCGCCCCCAACUCAAUAUCAAUACACACCCUGUC